CACUGUUAGAAAUAGUAAAGCAGUGAAGUGGAUGGGAGUAUUGUGAUCUGUCUUCUGGGUGAUUUUUCCUCAUUUUCUCCUGGAUUUUCCCACUCGAGUGACUCACGAGGAUGUCGCGAAUUAUCUCGCGGACUGAUGUUGAAGUUUGUGGGGAUUGUGGAGCAUCGGAUCCUGCUUGGGCGUCAAUAAACAAGGGCAUUCUUCUCUGUGGCGAAUGCUGCUCCAUCCACAGGAGCCUAGGUCGGCACAUUUCACAGGUGAAGAGCCUGAGGCAGGGGAAAUGGUCCCCGUCGGUGCUAAAUCUCGUGAACUCCCUGAACAGCCAUGGGGCCAAUAGCGUCUGGGAGCACUUGCUGAUAGACUCAGCUGCCCAGAAGCACGGAUACAAGAAGCCAACGCCAAAGGAUCCUCUGCAUUCUCUAAAAGCGGAUUUCAUUCGUGCCAAACAUGUCCAGGCGGCUUUUGUGUUACGUCCAAAUUUUGUGGAUGGAAAUGUUAAGAAUAUUGAAAGUGAGCUCAACAAGCAGCUCCAUGCUUCAGUGAGAGCGCCAAAUCUUGAAACUUCCCUUAGGCUCCUGGUUCAAGGGGCAGAUCCUAACUAUUUUCACGAGGAAAAAGGUUCAACUCCGCUCCACGUGGCUGCUAAAUUCGGCCAGCUGUCCCAAGUAGAGCUCCUUCUGAUCUAUGGAGCAGAGAUCAAGGCUCUGGACAUUGCUGGACACACAGCCAUUGAUUUAGCACGAGCUGAAAAGCACACACAGAUCGUCAACCGGCUGAUCGAAGCCAUGUACGAGGUAACGGACAGAAUCUGCAAUUUUCUCUGCAACCGAAAACCCGAUCACGCGGCCGGACAGCACAUAAUAAUCCCAGAUCAGACGCAAGGGGAGAUCUUCGAGCAGCUGAAGAUUGCCCGUGGGAAGCUCUUUCUCAUUCCCAACAAAAUGUUCGAAGAACUGGUGAUGGAUCUGUACGAUGAGGUAGAUCGGCGGGAGAAUGAAGCCAUCUGGGCAACAAGUUCGCUGAAUCCAGAAACUGGGGCAGUGCCGUUCCUUCCCACAAAUCCCCAUUUGAGUGCCACGAGGAAUCAGGGCAGACAGAAGUUGGCUCGAUUUAGUCCAACGGAAUUUGCCGGCUUCCUGACCGAUGUGCUCAUCGAUGCCAAAAGGAGGCAGAAUAUGGCCAAUCUCAGACCUCUGACCAAUGCUGUGGCAGGAGUCUCCACCAAUAAUGACAGAAAAUUGACUAUUUCCGACUCAAAUCUCUCUGAUGAUGAACCUCUGUAUGAUGCUGUGGCUUCCGAUGAUGACUACGCAGCUCUGGCUCCAAUGGGACAGACAGGCUUCGGCAGUCCACAGUUGAACAGUUCAGGUCUUCCAAAUCCAGAAAUCGAUGUGCUGAAGAAACAACUCACAGAAUCCGAGACCACAAUCAGCGAACUCAAAUCCCUGGUCCAGAAGCUAUCCACAGAGAAUUCGGAACUGAAGUCGAGGUGUGAACCGUCAUGGACAGGGACUGAUUUAAAAAUGCGAUCAGAUUCGAUGUCAAAUGACGGAAGGAUGGAGGACAAGACAGUUGGUGAGAUGAAACAGAACUUCCCAAAGCGUCCCGUGAGUAUGUUUGAGCCACGGGAGAACAACAACUACAACAAGAUUAGCGCUUCCGGAGACAAUCGGGCAGUGACAUCAAUGUACCACAUGACGAGGCUCAAUCAGUCCGACUCGACUAUCUUCCCCACGUCAGACGAAGUGAUUUGCCGUACUGACGCCAUCACGAGACGCAUCCAGGAUCUCGUGGGCGCCAUGCAGGAUCUCACCAAGAAGAACGCUUUCGUGCCGUGCGCCGAACGGAUCCAUGCAGCUGUUACGGACCUCGUUGUCAUCUUCCCAACGGCCGUGGACAACGAGGCGAUUAAGACAUCACUGUCUGAACUGACGGGAAACAUUGAGGAGAUGCAAAUCUUCUGCCAAUGCCUUCAGGAUUCUGUUGUCACUGAAAAUCACGAAGCCGUUGAUAAGUAUUUGCAGGAUGUUCGAGCGUGUGCAUUUAAUUUGGCCAAAGCCACUAAAAUGCUCGUGACUGAGUUUCAGUUGCAGUAAGUUUGAUGAUUUUGCCAUCAAUCUCUUUUAUUUUACAUUUUACUAUCCUUUUCCCCUUCCCUGGAAAUCCUCAUUUUGACAUAGAGCUAUUCAUAAAGUUUGUAAAUCAAUUCUCAAAAUUCUAAUAACAAGUUUUCUUUUCAAAAUUUUGAAUUAGAAAGCCCUUAUAAUCGUAGAAAAAUUAUUUAAAAUUAUUAUUAAAUUUGUUUGACUCGAAAAGUUUUAAUAAAAUAUUUAAGCCAGUGAUUUUAAAAAA